AUGCUUUGUUUAACAUGCACUCAGCAUAAUAUUGUAAAAUAUAUGUUAAGUGCAAGGUUAAAUACAAUACACCAAAGACAAAAAAAAAUAAAUAAUUAUAAUAUAAUAAAAAGAGAUAUACCCAGUACAGGAAAAAAACUCGUUCAUGUAGUACCCAGAAAAAACUAUGGCUUUAUUAAUAAAUCGAGAUUAUUAACACCCAUAAUAAAACUUAAAUUAAAUAACAAACGUAGCAAUUUUAAUUAUUCAAAUAAAACACCUGAAUUAAAGUUAAACCAAAUUUACAGUAGUUGUCUCUUCAUCUUACCACUAAGUGAGGAAACAGGAAAAAAAAAAAAGAAAUCCUCUUAUACUCCAAGCAGUAUUAAUAAUAAUAAUUUUCUGCCUAAGAUGAGUCAUAAUAUCUGCCAACCGAAACCUAAUGAUUCAUAUAUAACAGAAAAGAAAAGUGAAAAGAGUCAGGAUGAAGGGAUGAUAGAAGCCUCCUUUAUGAAUAAUGGUGAAGACAAUAUAAUAAAAAGUAUUUCAAACAAUUUGAAAGAAGUGCAUGACAACUAUAAUACCAACAGUUCUGUAGUUAUAGAAGGUAAUUAUGAAAAUUUCGGAGGUGAAUUUAUAAAAAAAAAGGUAGGAACACAUUUAAUAGAUGCUUUAAACAGAUGUAAAGAUUAUUAUGUGCAAAUGAAUAGCACAACAAGCAAGCAAUUUUUUACAAGUGAUGAUAUAGAGUAUUGUAAAGAGGAAACCAGCACAAACAGGAAAAAACGAAUGUAUAGUCAUAAUGAAAGUAAUAAUAAUAAUAAUAAUAAUAGUAACAGUAACAGUAACAAUAAUAACAAUGUUAGUGGUAGCGCUAGUGGAUGUGGCGAUGAGAAUGUCAGUUAUAGCGACAACGGUAAGGGCUGCAAAAUAUUUAGCAUAGAAGAACUAGAAAACAUGAGAAGAAACUCGAAUUACCUAAAAAUAAAUGAAACGGAAAAUGAAGAUUAUAGCAUUGAAUUAUAUUUCGACUUUAAGGAAUUAAAACUUUUAAGAAAAAAAAGUGAGACGUUGAAGUCGUUAAUAAAUAGAUUAAUAUUAAAUCUUAGAAAGCUGGAAAAAAAUGAUAAAAGAAAAAAAAAAAAAAAAAAAAUGAACGAAGAAAAAAAUGAACAUGAGGUACCUAGUAAAGAGGAAGUGAAAAAUGAGAAUGUCAUAAAUUGUAUUCAAUUUUUUGAUAAUGAAAAUAAUUUAAUUGAUGAAAAUACUAUUUUGAAAGACAUUAUAGACAAAUUAAAAUAUGUUUGUAUAAAUGAUCUAAAAAUAAGUAUUUUUAAAGGUUUAUACGACUUAAAACAAAUAUAUAUAUCCAUGGAUGUGUUUAACGGUCACCCCAUAAUACCUGCUAACGUACCAGUUAACGAUAUUGAUAAUUACGUUUACUACUGGGUUUGUUCAAGUGAUAAAAAUAUCAUAAAAUCAUGUGAACUGUUCUACAAAGCAAGCAAGGAAGAUAUAUCUAAAAAGAUUCAACUUGUCAUAUAUAAUAAAGAAAAUCCUUUUUUUUUUUAUAUUACUGAAGAGAUAGAAGUAAAUCCCAAUGCAUUUGAAGAAGAACUGAAAUUGAAGGAGAAGAGAUAUAUGGAUUUUAAGAAGCUUAAUAUGGAUAAUGACAAUGAUAAUGUAAUUCGUAUUUUGUCGUAUAAUAUCCUUGCACCUAUAUAUACGAACACAAAAUAUGCAUUAGAAUACAUGUUUAAAAAUGUAGAGGAAUGUUAUUUAAAAACAAAUUAUAGAUCUCAUUUAUUAAUACAUGAUAUAAAUUACGAUUAUGAUAUUAUAAGUUUGCAAGAAGUAAGCGAACAUUUACAUUCGAACUUGUUUUCUAUUUAUUUACAUGAGAAGUUUUAUUCAUCCUACAAGGGAAAAAACAAUUAUGGAAAUGAUGGUUGUUCCUUAUUUGUUAAUAAAAAAAAAUUUUCUCUUAUUGAAUAUAAAAAUUAUGAAUUUAAAGAAGUUAUAAAAAUACCAGACUUAAAAGAUGUAUAUGAUAGAUUUAUAAGCUUAUCACAAGACCUUGUAGAAAUUAUUAGAGAGAUUAAAACUAUUUUUCAAGUAGGAAUUUAUGUACAUAAUAACACUGGAAGCAUAUUUCUUAUUGCGAACACUCAUUUGUAUUUUCAUAGUUUAGCUCAACAUAUUAGAGCCAUACAAUCCUAUUGCAUAUUGUACAUUCUAGAAGUGUUAAAAAAUAAAUAUAAACAAGAAUAUUCAAAAAAUGUGUAUGUAGUAUUAAAUGGAGAUUUCAAUACAAAUUUCGAAUCAGAAGUCUUUUCCUUUUUAGAAGGAAAAGAUAUCUCUUCCAAUUCGGAUGUAUGGAUGAAUUCGAAAUUAUUUAAAAAAGAAUAUGAUGAUUUGAAUACUUAUCCGACUUUAUUUGAAUUAAAGAAAGAUGAAGAAAAUUCCACAGAACAAGUUAUUGGUCCUUCUUUGAAUAGACAAAAAUUCUUACCUCUAUAUUCUGCCUACAAAAAAGGAGAUAUAUCUUAUACUAACUGGAAUAAUAAUUUUAUUGAUGUCCUAGAUUACAUAUUUUUAUCACCAGGAAUUAAGGUUAGAAGGAUAUUAAAAGGACUUGACCAGAAAUACUUUGAUAAAUAUAAAGGGUUACUGUCCCCCAUAAAUCCGAGUGACCAUCUCUCAAUAGCUGCUGAAGUCGAAAUUUAA